AUGGCUGGGGCCGCUGAGUUCUCACAACGUGUUACAGCUGAAGGCAGAACGAUAGGCCAAGCCAGAUCGACACAUGCACAGGGCGGACCCUUAAAUUUUCAAAGCGAUGUGAUGGCUGAGGCCGCUGAGUUCUCAGGCGCUUUCCCUCUCGGCGUCACUGCUCAGCACCUUAUGUCAGCCACUCUCUCUGGCCCUCGUCACAAGCGCUCUCUGUGUUUCCUCCUCCGGCCUCGCUCCGCCUCGUCACCACGCUUUGGCUGGUGGCUGCCCGUCGUCGUCACAUCGGUUUGGCGUGGGCGCGGGCCACCUGGCUCGCUGUCCCCGCUCGGUCCUCCCGUUUCCUUUCAAACUCAAGCUCACAUCGCUUCCACGUCGGUCCCUGUUUGCCUUACUACUACCCUCACGCCUCUUUUCUUUCGCAUCCAAGCUGUACUCUCCACUUCCUUGCCUGUCCCUAGCUUCAACGCCUCUGCUUUACAAUGUGACCCCUCGCUUCCUGCUCAUUCCUCCACCCUAGUGACCACACACUCGCUUCUUGAUGUUUGGUGGAAGGUCGGAUUUUUGGUAUUGGGAGUGUUUGGAAGGCAUUCCAUUCCAUAA